UUUGGCCUAUCUUCAUACAGUACUGUCUUUGAUACAUAGCUAACAUGAGUUAUCAUAGAGGUCGUGCUGUGUUAGCGAGCUAGUGUUUUAGCAAUAUGUUCAUCAAACGGUUUAAGUGGUAAACAGGUUUUUAACGGGAGGUUCACACUUGACAUUAAACGCAUUUCACUAUCAAAUGCAGGCAAAUUUACUGUAUUUUCGAAGUUGAUACUGACUGUCAAGGUGUAGGAGACACUUCAUCUACACCCUGAUGCAUGUGUUGUGACGGUGAGGCUGCUCCAUUCUCUAUCCUCUGGUCAGUCGUCUUCCCUGGUCAUCUGUGUUGCUGGUGCCCUGUGUUCCACACCAUGGUACGCCACAGUAAGCUGCAGAAACAGGUGUUGUCUCUGUACCGCCAGUUCCUGCGUGCUGGCCAGGACAAGCCAGGCUUUCUACCCAGGAUCCGGGAUGAGUUCCGAGAGAACUCCCACAUCAAGAAGACUGAUGUCAUGCACAUAGAAUAUCUUUACCGGCGUGGACAGAGACAGCUAGACCAGUUGAAAGAUGUGAACACAAAGCAACUAGGAACUUUCUCCAAACCUAAAGCAGAGAGAUGACCAAAACCAUUUCCUUCUCUACAGCCUCUGUUGUCGCUACCUCUAGCUGGAUACAUCGGCAUCCACUAUGUAAUUACAUUAAUAAAUCACUAGUCAGAUUACUACUCCUUUCAAUCUGCAGCUGAGUAAGUGCAGUCAUUGUCCUAAGCAAUGGCCAUGGAUCUGAACUGUAUGACUGCACUAUUGUCCUCUGUCAGAGAGGUGGACACCACUGAUGAUGAGGAUGAACAUUUUUAAAACAGUCUCUGGCCAGUGAGUUUGUUGGGUUGAGCAGACCAUUUGCUCUGGUCAUUGUUGUAAAAUACUUUCAUCUAGCUACAUUAACCUGUUGAGUGUUUUGGAUUAAAGAUGAUAUGAUCAGUA